GCAGUUUGUCCUCUCUGGUGAGAUUCGAACCUGUUUUUACACCCUCCUGUCUGCUUUCAAACGCCUUUUAUUUCUUAAACUGACUGCCUGCCUCGUUCUUCUGCCUGACGUUUUGGCGCUUGAUGAUCCGCACAGAAAUGUGGCGCAGAGUUCUGGUUCUGUGCUGCGUCCUAAGUGGACUUUUCCCUGCCAGAGGAGACGCUGUGGAGUCGGACAGCAAGAUCCCGCUGAGCGGAGCAGUGGGGAAAGAGGAGCAGGAUGCUCCGCCCGGAGCCAAAGCGGGGCAGAGCGCACGGGGAGGAGAGCGUCUGUUCGCGGGGACAACGCAGGAGACAACCGCCGAACCCCUGGAGGAAGAGCUGAACAACCAAGAGAAUGUCCUGUCACAGGUUUGCUGGCUGCGCGAUUAUGACAAAGUGAAGAUUGUGUCGUCAGGAUCUGACUGUGUGUGGUUUACGCUGUGUGUACGGCCAUCAAACUGCUCCGAGUGCAACCGUGUCUCUGACGCCAGCCCAACACAGCCUCCCCGGGACUUCUACACGCUGGAGACAAUUACCACGGGAACAGGACUGCAGACAGUGAUGUGCACAGCUCCUCCAUCAGCUGUGAACCCCUGUGAGGGCGAGUACACUGAAAAGCUGCAGGAAGCAAGCAAAGAUACAUUUAAGCUGGCUACAAUCAUCGACCUGUUGGAGGGCUCGCUGUAUGGAAUGGACCUGCUGAAGCGAACUACUGUCAACAAGCUCCUGGGCAGGGUGGACAACAUAGAGAAGAUUUUCUCUCGCAGUUUUACGGACCGAGUGAAAGAACAUGCAAAGGAACGAGUGAAGGAAAAGGAAAAGGAGAAGAAGGCCCAGGUGAAAAAGAAGAAAGUAAAUGAUUCAGAGAGGAAAAAUGGAGCAGCUGCCGUAAACAACAAACAGAAGAAUUUGGAGGAACGCUCCACAGGAAGUCAGCGUAAAAAAAACCAAACGCAGGACAGCGUGGAGCAAAAACAGCCAACCAGAAAAAAGACAGCAAGUCAAAAACCAAUCAAAGACAAGGCGGAACCAAAACAGCCUAUUAAGGAUAAGAACAGCUUGGUUGUCAAGGGCGUGAGCUUCUACAAGGCAGAUGGGGAGCCCGACAAAGAAGAAGAGCAGCAAAGAGCAUGGGGAGCCAAUACUACGCUGACUGACGCCUCUGAGAACAUCCUCGUCUCUGACCAGCUCCCGCCCACUGGGACGUUCCACAUCCAUAGUCCAGGACUAUCAACUGCUGCUACCACAAAACCAACCACCAGGGGACCAAAUUCCAGGACGACAGGAUGGACUCAGAAACUAUCUGCACCCACUCAAACAUCAGCCUUAACAACUACAACCAAACCAGAUCCCGCCACCACCCAUCCAACCAACAAACCAACUACUAACCUCCCACCAACUACUACUUCAAUAACAACAACAAACAAACUAACUACACCCCACCAAACCACCACCACCACCACAGCCACAACCACAACACAACCCACCACUUUUACCACUCAGUAUAGCACUUCGUUCCCACCCACUAAUGUUGCUCCACCCAUUGUUGAGUCUCCCACGCCAACAGCAUUUCAUCCAGGUCCAAAAAGUCGAUUGAGUUGGACGGAGAGCCCUGCUGACCAGCUGAAAACCACCAAAAAGCCAGCGGUGUGCAAGGACACUGUGGCCAGUAUCUCAGAACCGAUCCAGAAGAAUUCCUAUGGAAAAAGUGAUGGUGCUUGGAUGAGAGAUGCUCGUGGACAUGGCAACGUCAUCUACCUCACUAAUGGUGACUAUGGCAACAACCUCCUAGAGUUCCGAGACAUGAGCACCUUUAUAUCAGGUCAGAUCAGUAAUUCAUACAAGCUGCCGUACAGCUUCACUGGAACAGGCCAUGUGGUGUUCAACGGAGCCUUCUUCUACAACCGCGCCUUCAGCAGAGAUAUCAUCAGAUACGACCUGAGACACCGAUACGUCACAGCCUGGACAACGCUACACAAUGCCGUCCUGGAGGAACAGGCUCAGAGGACACGGACUGAAGUGGAGUUUGCGGUGGAUGAAUCUGGCUUGUGGCUGCUCUAUCCAGCUCUGGACACAGAGGGCUUCCACCAAGAAGUGAUCCUUCUCACUCAGCUCCACCCACGAGACCUUCUGCCAAUAAACAGCUUCCGCACAGGUCUUCGCUGGGGUCUUUAUGGCAACGCCUUUCUGGUCUGUGGUGUGCUUUACGGUGUGAACAGCAUGGAUCGCCACUAUGCCAAUGUGACAUAUGCCUUUGACACGCACACGCUGACGCACACUGUGCCGAGCCUGGCGUUCACAAACACGCACGCACACACCUCACAGCUGGCUUACUGCCCGCUUGACAAGAAACUCUAUGCGUGGGACAAUGGACAUCAAAUGAUGUAUGAUGUCAUCUUUGCUUACUAGAAAACACACAUGCUCAGGAUGAAUGCACGAAGACGUGAUGGUUCAUUUAGCACAACCACCAAGAGAAUUGCAAAAAUAAAUACAUGGCAGAUAUUUUACAAUUGUUUUGAUAAUUGUUUUGUUUUGAUACUAAAUGACUGUGGAUCAGUCAAGUGAAUGUCCAAUAACAUAAUGAAGUCAUAGAAGCAGUGAAUGUCACAGAGGUUUAACAACAGAUAGGAACUCAGUGUAGUACAUGUGCACACCACAGUGUUUGCUGUUACUUAACUUAAGGACUUUUAAAUUCAAAUAAUAAGCUAGAUGGACAAAUAAAUGUGUGUUGGACACGGAUGGAGAAGUGAACAGUGGAUUUAUGCUUGAAGCCCUCAGCUUUUGGUGUGUGUUAUAAGGAAUUUUAAAUUUCAAAAAAUAAGUAAGAUGGUCAAAUAUCGUGUGAUGGACAACAUAUUGGUUGUUAUUUGGUGUAGUUGAACAUGCAAUGCUGGCCCACCUCAUUGAAAAUACUACAAUAAAAAUGUAUGUCCAUUUGAUUUUUUUUAAUCAGCUGUUAAAUUUGAAAUUUUUGUGAAUUAUUGUAGCAUACUUUUAUACUGAAGUUUAUUUUGUUUAAUGUGUGGAUCUUGGGAAACCCUAUAUAAAUAGUUGUUUUUGUUAUUAUUAUUAUUAAUACUCAGAUGUGGAUAACCCCAGCUUCAGUGAGUAAAAGUCCUACCAUGUAUCGUUUCUACCUGUGCACCUAAAACCAGCAAUUUCACUGAUUAGUUCAUCUACCUGUUUGAAGAGUUGAACUAAUUAGAAUCAGCUGGUUUAUUGGGUGGAUGGAACAAAUACAUGAUUGGACUUUUACUCACUGAAGCUGGAGUUACCUACCUCUGCUAAUACUAAUAAUAAUAAUGAAUGCAGUAUUUUUCCGUAUACAUUUUGUACUGGAGAAAAAGUCACAGGAUCUCCUAAACUACUUUUAAAAAAGCAACUUAUACCUCAGAAAAUACAGUAAUCAAAGCAUGUAUUCAAAUAUCGACAAAAUCCUCAUUAUGUAUCUCUUCUUUUGUUUUCCUCAGAUUUAUAGAUAAUCACGUUUUCUCCACAUAUCAAACUUCACUGUCAUCACACGUGAUAAUUCCAUUUCUAAUGCACUGUGAGCACAGCUGGGACUAGAACCUGUGCCAGAGAUGAAGUCCAAUGGAUCACCUGACUGUUGUUCCUUUCAAACUGUUCCACAUCAAACUGCUGCAAAAAUCCAAAAACAAGGUUGAAUCCAACUGCAUACAUCAGGAGUUUGACUUUUAUCUUUUAUAAGGUUGUAAUUUAUAAUAAAAUAUUUCCAAAA